CCGACCUCCACGUGCAGCGCGUAAACAGGGAAUAAUUUUGAUAAUUCGAGGUUUUAAAUCGCUUUAAUAAUGGCCGACGAUGCCGGCCAGGACAAGCGCAAGCAGCACCGCGCCCGCCAGUCCGGCGUGAAGGCGGACAAGAAGAAGCUGAAGGCGAAGAAGGACUCCAACCAAAAGGAGCCCGAGCUGACCGCCAGGCAGCGGAAUCCCAAGGCAUUCGCCAUCAACUCGGCGCAGCGGGCGGAGCGGAACUUCCGACGCAAGGAGGAUCUCACGGCCAAGAAGCAGCAUAUUCCGCUGGUGGACCAAACCCCCGAUGUACCGCCUCCGGUGCUCAUAGCCGUGGUGGGUCCACCCAAAGUGGGCAAGACCACGCUGAUCAAGAACCUAAUCAAGAGCUUCACCCGCACGAAUGUCACGGAUAUCAAGGGACCCAUCACGAUUGUGACCUCCAAGAAGCGACGGAUCACCCUGCUGGAGUGCAACAACGAUGUGAACUCCAUGAUCGAUGUGGCCAAGUGCGCGGAUCUGGUGCUCCUGCUCUGCGAUGCAAGCUAUGGCUUCGAAAUGGAGAUCUUCGAGUUCCUGAACAUCUGCCAGGUGCACGGCAUGCCCAAGAUCAUGGGCGUACUGACCCACCUGGACAUGAUCAAGAAUCCUAAGCAGCUAAGGAAGCGCAAGAAGGAGCUGAAGCACCGCUUCUGGACGGAGGUCUACGAUGGAGCGAAGCUCUUCUAUCUUUCCGGCCUGAUCCACGGCGAGUAUCUAAGGAAUGAGGUCAAGAACCUGGGACGCUUCAUCUCGGUGAUGAAGUUCCGACCGCUGCAGUGGCGAGGGGCACAUAGUUAUCUGCUGGUGGAUCGCCUGGAGGAUGUCACUAACACGGAUCGCGUGCGUCGAGAUCCCAAGUGCGAUCGGGAGGUGGUGCUCUACGGCUAUGUGAGAGGAGUUCCUCUCAAGCAGGAGCACAUGGUUCACAUCGCUGGACUCGGGGAUGCCCGCAUCGAUGAGCUGAGCAACAUACCCGAUCCGUGUCCUCUUCCAGGGACAGAAAAGAAGCGCAGUCUGCUGGAGAAGGAGCGUCUGCUCUAUGCUCCCAUGUCCGGAGUGGGUGGUAUAGUCUAUGACAAGGAUGCGGUGUACAUCGAGCUGCAGGGCUCGCACUCGCACAAGGAGCAGGAGCAGUCGGCAGAGGCCGCCGAGCAGGCGGAACUCGUCGGCAAGCUGAUUGAUAAAAAAGCAACCAUCGAUGAGCAGAUGGAGCAGCAGGAGUUCCGUCUUUUCUCGGAUGCCAAGCCCAUUAAGUCAAAGGACUUUCGCAACGAUCGGGAGGAGGAGGAGGCAGAGAGCAGCGAGGAUGAGGAUGAAGAUGAGGAUGAAGAGGGCGAAGACUCCGGUCUCGAAGCUGCUGAGAGUGAAGAGGAACAGGAAGAGUUUGGAGCGGACGAUUGGCGUGGUGAGAACAGCGAGGAGGAGGAGGAAGAUGCUGAGGAUGCUUCCUCCGGCGAUGACGAGUAUCAGAGCCUGGGGAACGUGAAAACCGCUAACGAAUCCGAUUCGGACGAUGAGGAGGCUCGAGUUUUAGCCAGCAACAUGAGCUGGAAGACGAAUCUGGCCCAGAAGGCCCGCGAUGCCUUCCUCCAGCGCCAUUCGGAGUCCAAGAAUCUGAUGCGCCUCGUCUACGGUGUCUACAAUCAGAGCGAGCGUAGCCGACAGGAGGCGGAGGCAGAGGAGAAUGAAGACUCCGAGGAGGAGCUGGGUGGUUUAUUCCGGGUGGCGGCCAAGAAACAGAGCCAGCAGCAGUCGGACAAGGACAUCCGGGACAAGGACGAGCGGUGCUUCUUCGAGUAUCAGGGUGAUGCCACUCGCGAUUGGCUGGCGGAGGACAAUAAGGAGCUGAUCAAGAACUGCUUCGUCACCGGCAAGUGGAAGGCCAGCGAGGAUGCGGAGAAUCUACUCAAAAUGGACGACAUGAGUGAUGCCGACAGCGAGGUGUACGGUGACUUUGAGGAUCUGGAGACGGGCGAGCAGCAUACCGGCAAGCCCAAGCAAGAAGAUAGUAAAGAAUCAGAUGAAGAGGGCUCGAAACCUGCGGAAUCCGCGGCAGCCAAGCGUAAAAUGACGCGCGUUGAGGAGGAGAACCUUACGAAGGCCGAGCUAAUGGCCAAAAAGCUAAAGCUGAAGGCUAAGUUCGAUGCGGAGUACGACAACAGUGGCGAGGGAAAGGGCGAGGAGGACACUGGUCGCAUCACCGGAGAUCACUCCUUCUACGAGGACCUCAAGGCGGAGGCGCAGCGGCAGAGCGAGCUGAACAAGAGCGAGUUUGCGCAUCUCGACAAUGAAUUCCGCAUUCAGAUCGAGGGCUAUCGACCGGGAAUGUACGUACGCCUGGGAUUCAAGCAGCUACCCGCCGAAUUUGUGGAGAACUUCGAUGCCAGCUAUCCCGUUUUGGUGGGUGCUUUAAAUAUGACGGAGGAGAACGUUGGCUAUGUGAACUGCAAGGUGAAGAAGCAUCGUUGGUACAAGAAGAUUCUCAAAACUGGAGAUCCUCUGAUCAUCUCGAUGGGUUGGCGCCGCUUCCAAACGGUGGCCAUCUACGCCAAGGUGGAGGACAACUUCCGACAGCGCUACCUCAAGUACACACCGAACCACGUCACCUGCAGCAUGACCUUCUGGGGUCCCAUCACCCCGCAAAACACAGGUUUUCUUGCCUUGCAGACUGUGCGCCAGGAUCAGGAGGAGAUGCGUCGGCUGGGCUUCCGGAUAGCGGCCACUGGCUGCGUUACCGAACUGGACAAAUCCUCGCAGAUCAUGAAGAAGCUCAAGCUGGUGGGUCACCCGUUCAAGAUCUACAAGAAGACGGCCUUUGUAAAGGACAUGUUCAACUCGUCGCUGGAAGUGGCCAAGUUCGAGGGAGCCAAGAUCAAAACGGUCUCGGGAAUAAGGGGACAGAUUAAGAAGGCCCACCACACGCCCGAAGGUUCCUAUCGUGCGACAUUCGAGGACAAGAUUCUCCUGAGCGACAUUGUCUUCUGCCGCACCUGGUUCCGCGUGGAAGUGCCGCGUUUCUAUGCUCCUGUGACCUCACUCCUGCUGCCGCUGGAGCAGAAGAGCCAGUGGCAGGGCAUGAAGACGCUGGGUCAGCUGAAACGGGAGAGGGCAAUGCAGAAUGAGGCCCAGCCGGACAGCAUGUACACGGCGAUCGAGCGCAAGGAGAAGAUCUUCCGGCCACUGGCCAUUCCGAAGGCCCUCCAAAGGGCGCUUCCCUACAAGGACAAGCCGAAGCUGGGCCCCGAGAAUCCCAAGGAGGCGUUGCAACGCGUGGCCGUGGUUAAUUCUCCCUACGAACAGAAGGUGGCCAAGAUGAUGAAGAUGAUCGAGACGAACUACAAGGACAAGCGGCAUCGCGAGCGCCUGGAGACGAAGAAGCGGAUCAAGAACUACCGCGAGAAGAAGCGCGAGAAGAUGGCCUCCAAGGAGCGGCGCCAGAAGGAGCUGCGCAAGAAGGUGUCGCGGGCCAUCAGCAAGAUGCGGGGAAAGCCCUCUUCCUAGUUUCGGUUUUAAGGAUGGUUAAACUACGGAAAAAUUGUUAGGUAAUAAAUAAAAUGUUUAUAUCAACACA